ACACAUUCAUGACCGUUCCAUUCAUACAUCAUUGUAAACAUCCGGUUCCGGCACGCCAUCUUCCUAUGUUUGUUUCUUAUUAUUUACAGAGCUCUGCAUCUGAACACCCUCCCUGUACAAGGUAUGGGCAUGACUUAAGUUUUAUUUAUCUAUAUACAAUAUGCAAUAUUUUGCUUUCCUGACUCAAUUUCGUGUUUCGUUCCUUUUCUCCCAAUACGUUAUUCAUUCCGUCUCUCUGUUCCUUGCUCAGAAAUGCAUCGACUCUUUUACUCUCUUAUUCGUUUCAUUUGACUACGACCAUGCUGGAGCACUGCCUGCAGUCGAACAAAUCGAGCCCAGGAUUUAUUAUUUGUAAGCCUAGUACUUAUUCUAUCAGUCAGUUUUGCCGAACCGCGAGGGGGGACGUAAACACACCACCAUCGGUUGUCAAGCGAUGGUGGGGGUACAAACGGCUAUCUUUCGUUUUGAUGUUAAUAGCCUACGACGAGUUUCUUUCAGUUUCCACCUACCAAAUCCACUCAUAAGGCUUUGGUCGGCCCGAAGCUAUAGUAGAAAACACUUGCCCAAGUUGUCACGCAGUGGGACUGAACCCGGAACCAUGAGGUUGGAUAUAUGAUGGCAUCGAGACUUUGGAGACUAAUGAAUGACAUUACCAAAGAUAUAGGGAAUCAUGUUUCACAAAAAUCACAUUGAAGAAACUAUACCCUAUUUUUGAAAAUAAAGAAGAAAAAAAAAAAACAGAAUUAUUUCUCUGUUGAAAAUUACAGGAUAAGGUUUUCUACUUUUCUGAAGGAGAUUUGAAAAUUAUGGAGGAAAAACCGAGUGAGAAUCAGAUCCAUACGAAAAAACAAAAUGAUAAUGAUGUUUCUCAUCAAACAGAUAAGACAUCAUACAUGUGUGACAUCUGUGGGAAAUCUUUUAAAGUUAGAAGGUAUUUUGUUCGACAUCAGUCUGUUCACAAAAGCCAGAAACCAUACCACUGUGAUAUUUGUGGUAAAGCAUAUGCUUUAAAAAGUAGUUUAUCUAAACAUCAACGUAGUCACACUGGAGAGAAACCAUACUGUUGUGAUAUUUGUGGUCACAGUUGCAUUUUUAAAUUUUCUUUAAUUAUACACAAACGUACUCACACAGGAGAAAAACCAUAUGAUUGUGAUAUUUGUGGUAAGAAAUUCUCUACUAGCGGUGCUGUAACAACACAUAAGAUUAUUCAUACAGGCCACAAACGGAAACUGUACCAGUGUGACAUUUGUGGUAAGGCAUUCUCCCAAGAUAACAAUUUAGUGAUACAUAAACGUGUUCACACAGGAGAGAAACCAUAUCAUUGUGAUAUCUGUGGUAAAACUUUCUCUGUUAAAUGUUCUUUAACUAUACACAGACGUAAUCACACUGGAGAAAAACCAUACCGGUGUGAUAUCUGUGGUAAAACAUUCACUGGCAGUACUCUGGUAUCAACGCACAAGCUUACUCACUCAGACAAGAAACCGUACAAAUGUGAUGUUUGUGACAAAGCAUUUCAUCUGAAUAGUCUUUUGAAUAAACACAAACGUAUUCACACAGGUGAGAAACCAUACCACUGUGAUAUUUGUGGUAAGUCAUUCUCACAAACUUCAAAUUUAAAGGCACAUAAGCGUAUUCAUACAGGAGAAAAACCAUAUCACUGUGAUAUUUGUGGUAAAAAGUUCUCUAUAAAUAUACAUUUAUCUAAUCACAAAAAUAGUCACACUGGGGUAAAACGAUAUCACUGUGAUAUUUGUGGUAAAGCAUUCUCUCAAAGAGGCAAUUUAAAGAUUCAUCAACUUCUUCAUACGGGAGAAAAACCAUACCAGUGUGAUAUAUGUGGUAAAAAUUUCUCUACAAGUCAGUAUUUAUCAAAUCACAAACGUACUCAUGCAGAGGUAAAAACCUGCCGCUGUGAUAUUUGUGGUAAAGCAUUCUCUCGAAAUAGGGAGUUAUUGAUCCAUAAUCGUAUUCACACAGGUGAGAAACCAUACCAUUGCAAUAUUUGUGGUAAAUCUUUCACUACAAAUGGUCAUUUAACUAAACACAAACGUGUUCAUACAGGAGAGAAACCGUACCAUUGUGAUGUCUGUGGUAGAAUGUUCUCUGGUAGUUCUAAUUUAUUGACCCAUAAACGUAUUCACUCAGGAGAAAAACCAUUCCACUGUGAUAUUUGUGGUAAAAGUUUCACUGUAAGUGGAACUUUAUCCAGACACAAACGUAUUCACACAGGUGAAAAACCAUUCCAUUGUGAUAUUUGUGGUAAAACCUUCACUGAUCACAGUUCCCUACAUUCUCAUAAACGUGUUCAUACUGGUGAUCGGCCAUAUCGUUGUAAUAUUUGUGGUAAAACAUUCACUGCCAGUGUUUCAUUGUCUGCACACCGUAUUGCUCAUACAGGAGAAAAACCAUAUGGUUGUGAUAUCUGUGGUAAAUCAUUCUCACGAUCUUGUAAUUUAUCGAGGCAUAAACAUCUUCACACAGGAAAGAAGCCAUAUCAUUGUGAUUCAUGUGAGAAAACUUUCACUUCUAAUUAUGAUUUAGCCAUACAUAAACGUAUUCACACAGGAGAGAGACCAUACCCCUGUGAUAUCUGUGGUAAUGCAUUUGCUCAGAAGAGUCAUCUAUUGAGGCAUAAACGUAUUCACACAGGUGAUAAACCUUAUUGCUGUGAUAUUUGUAAUAAAGCAUUCUCUCAACAAAGUACUUUGUCAACCCAUAAACGCAUACACAAAUGAGAAACUGUAACUCUGAUGUUUUUAUUGUCCUUUUUGUGAUUAAUCUACCUGUAAUUUCAACAAGUAUAGUGAUCAAAUAUUUGUUGACCCAACAAACACAGAAUAAGUUUUGUUACUGUUAGAUGUACCUGUAUAUUCAUCAUCAUCUACAAUUACAAAAUAUAUUUGUGUUUCCUUCACUAAGUAACUCUCAUAAUAAAGUCAACCAUUAUAGAACAGAA